AGAUUUCCCUAUGGUUUACUAGCAGCUCUGUGAACAUUAUGGAAGUCGUCAAUUCAUCCUAUUGUGUACCAAAAGAUCAAUCUGUUCGUACUGUUCUUUUCACCAUACAAGGUUUCUACGGUCUUCUCACUGUCAUUAUCUACAUACUGAAUGUCAUGGCCUUGAAGCAAUGCCGAAGAGAUUUCGAUGUCACCUUCUACAGAAUAUUUGCGAGCAAGGCAGUCUCGAGCAGCAUCUACUGGAUAAUUCAUUACUUUCCUCAACGAUUCGUGCAGCUGGGGUACUGGUGUGAACAGAUCUUGAGCGCUUUUUCGGAGCAAACAUUUGUACUCACACCUUACAAC